CGAGGGCAAGGCCGAAAGCGCACCCGUCAUGGCUAAUAGACUUCGCAUCUUUGAUGAUGAGAACCGGGUCGAACCAAGCACUGCGCGACACAAGAGCACAAACCUACUCAAACAGGGCAGAUCAGGCGUCACACCGGCAGGCAAGGCCGCGCUGAGCACCCCAGGGCGACCGAGACAGCCUCUCCUAGUGGACAUCACCAACACAGGCGCGACAAAAACACCCGGUCAUGCCUCAAAGGCUAACAAGCCAACUUUCGCGCUCGAUGUCACUUCGACGCCCUUGCGUACCGUCCCCUCGACGCCUUUGCCUGGCCCGUCGGUGCAGCGAACAGCAUCAAAGCCUACGAGCAACCUGCUGGGAACGGAGCUCUACUCGCCCGGCAUGUUCAGGACGCCCUCACCUGGAAAGAGACGCUCCAGAAGUACGCGCUCGCUGCUCGUUCGCCCUGACCUGCUGGAGGAGCGCAUACAAGAAGACGCAAAGGAGGAAGAACGUAUCAGACAGGCAGAAGCAGCCGCAGAAGCCACACGCUUGCGACUACUCCAAGAAGCGGAUGAGGACCGCGAAGUCGAGCUGCCCGCUUUUGGUGGUCGCUGUGAAGAGGAACUGUUCGAGCCCGACCACAUAACAGUCAACCGAGAGGAGCUAGAGGCACUCGCCAAGCGAAUCGAUUAUCCCUCUAUAUCUUACGAACGUGCCUUGGAAAAUCUAUGGGGACUCCAUGACGAGCCCAUCGCACCCUUUGAGCCAGCAUUUGAGCCCAUGCCAGACCUAUCGUUCUUGCGCUCGGCAUCCGAAGAUUCUGAUCCAGACGACAGCCUACUCACGCCUCGUCGUUCCUCUACCACAAGCAAACGCAAGACCAAGGGACGCUCAUCGCUGCCGCUCCCGAUUCCUUCUACCGCGCGACGCUUUCCGACUGAAAAGCCGUUGCGAUUGACGGCCAGCAAAAUUCCAGUUCCUAUCGCACGACUCUCGCCCCGCAAGAUCACGCCUCAGCUUAUUGACGGACUCGUGGAGGACUUUCGCUUCUCGCUGUAGUAUCACAGAUUGGGCAUGCGCAUCAGCAUUUGUUGUUGUCGUUCUUGCACUUGUCUUGUCUGGCUAUGUGUACUUCUAAGCGUCUGGCUAUGUGUGCUUCGGAGCUGUCUGGUGGAACUCAUAGGAUCACGUCUAUCGCACAUGAAAG